UAACAUUUGUCAAAUUGUCACCAUGGCGGCUGCGCUGCUGUCAAAUAGGAGAUUCGAUAAAAUAAUUCGAAAUCACGCCAAAUUUACAAAAUCGUAUUCAAGUAACAAAUCUGUAAUAUUAAAUAAGCCCCAAUUGAACAUAAUAUGUAAACAAUGCGCGGCGGCGAGUUACUUCCGGUUAUAUACAACGCAGGCUCCAAGCAAUGCUGGGGCUUCAGAUCCGGCGAAAAAUGUAUUGGCAGCAGUGUUGGCAAACAAACCAAAGACAGGAAAAAUACCAGUUGGUGCCUCUGUUUUGUCUCGUGAAGAUAUAAAUUUGGGUGAUGAAGCCAGUGACGGGGACGGAUAUGGUACGGGGGAUGCUGGAGUAUGUGUGGCCCAAGGACAAUGAAAUGAUCCGCAACAGAGUGAUGCUGUCUCUCUCGCUGCUGUUCGGUGCCAAAGUGAUGAACGUGACGGUGCCGUUCCUGUUCAAGUACGCGGUGGAUGAGGUGAACCAGGCGGCCACCACGCCCGCAGGCGACGCGCUGUUGGGAAUGGCUACUGUACCACAGGCGCUAGGGACUACAGCGUUCAGCUUGUUGUUGGGAUGUUAGUAUAGACUAUAGAA